GAAGCACUAUUAACAAACGGACUUGAGCUCAGUCUGCUCCCUCCAUUAACAAAAAUUACAAUGGCCGAUCAAAUGGCAGCGUCCGAUUCCAAUCCCACCGUUGAUCCUUACCAUCACCUCCAGAUUGCACCCAAUCCGGACGGCACCAUCACACGCUUGGCGGAAUAUCCAAACAGUCCACCCACUUGUGAUUCCAACCUUCCCACCCCAGUCCUCUCUAAAGACAUCCCCAUCAACCAAUCAAACAACACCUGGGUUCGAUUGUUCCUACCCCGCCAUGUACUGGAUCAAUCCCCCUCGCCCACAGCCACACCCACUACCAAGCUACCUCUCGUGGUAUUUUACCAUGGUGGAGGCUUCAUAAUGCUCAGUGCAGGCUCAACCAUCUUCCAUGAUUUUUGUGUGAAUCUUGCUAUUGACGUGCCCGUGGUCAUUGCAUCCGUCGAGUAUAGGCUGGCUCCGGACCAUCGGCUCCCGGCGGCUUAUGACGAUGCAAUGGAAGCGUUGCACUGGAUCAAAACCGCGCAAGACGACUGGUUGACAGACUAUGCUGAUCUGUCAAAUUGUUUCCUCAUGGGAUCCAGCGCUGGAGGUAACAUAGCCUACCACGCAGGACUCCGUGCAGUUGUGGGCGUUCACCAUCUCAACCCCUUAAAGAUCAGAGGGCUAAUGUUGCAGCAACCAUUCUUUGGUGGGACCCAGAGAAGUGGCUCCGAGUUAAGGAUGGCCAACGACCCCGUUUUGCCGCUAAGUUGUUGUGACCUGAUGUGGGACUUGUCAUUGCCUCGUGGGUUUGACCGUGAUCAUGAGUAUUGCAAUCCAACGGUGGGUGGCGGUUCCAAGCACUUGGAUGAAAUAAAGGCGCUUGGAUGGAGAGUUUUGGUAACUGGAUGUGAUGGGGACCCACUGAUGGACCGUCAGAUUGAGUUGGUGAAGAUGCUAGAGGAAAAAGGUGUGCAAGUGGUGGGUCGUUUUAUCCAAGGAGGUUGUCAUGGAGUUGAGGAUGUUGACCUCUCCAAGGCACAUGAAUUGUUUGCGGUUUUUAAAAGUUUUAUAUUCCAGCUCUAAUAAAUAAUUAUCUUUCGUUCAGGACUUCAAGUUGUAACGUGAUGUUUAGAUUUACUUCUUAUUU